UUAUAUAUUAUUUUCAGCCGUAUUUAAUCAUUAUUUGAACACUUUUUGAAUGGUAAAGGAACGCUUGAACUAUGUGCCUAUUGGGCCUCCUGUUGCAUUAUUAUUGUUAAAAUUGCUUAUCCUUGGAUAUAGAUCCCAACAAAUUUGCUUAUAUUCUCCAGAAGACACUUCAAAUCAACAAAUAUUUGUUCAGCACAAAAUACUUGGAGUCCAGAAGGGGGCAGACAAGGAGGAGAUAAAAUCAGCUUACUUUAAGCUCGCCAAGAAAUAUCACCCUGACAUUUCAAGUGAAACUGAAGCCAAAAAGAAAUUUGCCCAAAUAAAGGAGGCAUAUGAAUGCCUUAAUGAUGACAGUCAGAGGGGGAGCUACGACUUUAACAAGCAGAGCCAGGAGUUUCGCCAGAGCUAUUCCCAGAAGAAAUCUCAGGAUGACUUUUACAAAAACUUUAACUUCAAAGAAUGGAGGGCUAAGCAUGGUUCAAACUACAAGCCGAAAGACAAUUUUAGCGAAUUUUAUGAAGAUUUUGACGACUUCAUUAACUUCAGGAAAAGCAAGGCUUCUGAACAAAAUAACAGGAGUCAGUCUCAGAACAGAGUGAUUAAGGGCAAAAAUGUAGUGAUGCAUAUAAGUCUUUCCUUCCUUGAAGCUAUAAAUGGAGCUAAAAAGGAGGUGACUUAUCAUAAGGAUACUAUAUGCACACCUUGCAAUGGAUCAGGCAAGGAAAAGGUCAAGAAUUAUUGAUAUAACUGUGGAGGCCAGGGCUAUGUCAGGGUCAGAAGGAACAACGGCAGGUUUGGACAAGUUCCAUGACCAAAGUGUUCCCAUUAUAACAAAAAUGCUAGCAGAUGAUCACAUUGAAGAGGCAAAGGAACUCAAUAUGUUAAGGUUACAGAUCUUAUAAGGAUUCCAAAAGGAGUGAACACUGGAGUAAAUCUGAAAUUAACUAAGCGAGGAAAUGUUAGCAAAAAUGGUCCAGCAGGAGAUCUUAUAUUGAAAAUUGAUGUUGAUGAUCAUGAUUACUUUAAUAGAAAGGGAUUCAAUAUUCAUACAAAACAAAAAGUAACUGUUGCUGAAGCAUUAUUGGGAGCUAGCUUUGAGAUUGAAACGAUUAGAGGUCCAUUGAAAAUUACGAUGUCUCCUGGAAUUCAGAGCGGAGAAGUCAAGAAAAUUGUUCAAUAUGGAAUUAAUAAAUUACCUCCUCUUCAGAAGCAAAGAGGCCAUCAUUUUGUAAAAUUUGAGUUAGAGGUUCCAAAGCAGUUGACUGAGGAGCAGAGGGAUUUAUUCAUGGAGUUUUCAAAAGUAGAGAAGAAGAUCAAUCAAGUUUACUAAUCUAUAAGGAAUUGCAUGAGAACACCCUUAAAAAUAUGUCA